AGGGUCCUAUGUCAAACUCUGCUGUGAUGGGUCCAGGUGAGGAUGGUGCUCUCGAUGAGGAGGAAAUGAGUGAAGAGGAGGUGUCUCGCGACUGGACUCCCCAAGAAAAGGCACUCCAUGAAGCUAAGGUGAAGGCCAGAGCCAAAUACCGUGUUCGCCGGACCUCAUCACGUGACUCCGAGAGCACAGAAACUAUUGCUGAAACUCCCAUUCCUCAAGGGAAGAGCCAUGACAGAAAAUCUCGCAUGGGCAAGGGAAGAGGUCUUCCUAAGAAAGGUAAGAGAAUUAUGUAAGAAAUAGGAAAAGUGGUUACUGGAGACUUGACCACAUGCACUGGGUAUGAAAUCUACUCUUGUGCUGAGGAUUUGGCCACAUUCCCAGUACAUAGGAGAAAGUGAGGAUAAGUGUAGAAGUGCUACAACUGUACUCCUUUCUUUAGCAUUUAAGGAAUGCAUGAUGUCUGCCUUGGGUAAAAUGGAAGGUUGAUGGUCAGAAAAGAUCUUAUGGUGAGCCGCUAAGGCAUUAGAGAGGCUUCUACAAGCGGCUGAUCUAGAAGGGAAACAUUUCAGCCAAGUGCCGGUCUACAAUAGGGUAGGAAGAUGAAUUGCAGAUCAUUCCUUAGAACAGAUUAGUUGCAAGAUUUGUAGCACUAGGCUGUUCUAGAAUGGGUAAGUUGUAGGUUUUGUGGUGCUGAGCUGCUCUAGAAUGGGUUAGGUGUAGGUUUUAUGGUGCUGAUCCAUCUUCUCAGUUAAAUGGGUUAGGUGUAGGUUUUGCAGUGCUGAGCUGCUCUAGAAUGGGUUAGGUGUAGGUUUUAUGAUAUUGAGCUGCUCUAGAAUGGGUAAGUUGUAGGUUUUGCAGUGCUGAGCUGCUCUAGAAUGGGUUAGGUGUAGGUUUUAUGGGGCUGAGCUGCUCUAGAAUGGGUUAGUUGUAGGUUUUGCAGUGCUGAGCUGCCCUAGAAUGGGUUAGUUGUAGGUUUUGCAGUGCUGAGCUGCUCUAGAAUGGGUUAGGUGUAGAUUUUAUGGUGCUGAGCUGCUCUAGAAUGGGUUAGUUGUAGGUUUUGCUGUGCUGAGCUGCUCUAGAAUGGGUUAGGUGUAGAUUUUAUGGUGCUGAGCUGCUCUAGAAUGGGUUAGUUGUAGGUUUUGCUGUGCUGAGCUGCUCUAGAAUGGGUUAGGUGUAGGUUUUAUGGGGCUGAGCUGCUCUAGAAUGGGUUAGGUGUAGGUUUUAUGGUGCUGAGCUGCUCUAGAAUGGGUUAGGUGUAGGUUUUGCGGUGCUGAGGGAGUAUUAAAAAGGGCCGCUAUACAACAUCCCUCUUGUUUUUUUUGUUUUUUUUUUACUUUUUCACAGGUGGUGCUGGAGGAAAGGGAGUGUGGGGGGCUCUCGGUCAGGUGUACACUUACCAAGAGCCAGACGUACAAGACCCCAAUUAUGAUGAAUCUGCCCAGGUAAUAGUAUUUAAGGGAAGUAUUUAAGUAUUUAUUUUGCAUGUUUUUGUCGCAGUGCAUUCAAUGUCUCUUUUCCCGUCUAUUUGGUUAUAUUUGCAUUUUAACCAUAAUUUUUUUACAUACACCAUUUUUCCCCCCAGCACAACAGUUUUAUGAAUUGUAGCGUUUUGUUUCUCUUCAUGUUUUCUUCCUCCUAUAAACGUUUUGCACUUCUGAAAAGGAAAUUCCUGAGAAAACUGGUGAAAUUUAUAAUAAAGAAAACUGUCACUUUUUAGAUCACUUUAAUAAAUCCGAUUAAAUUAAUGAUGGGAUUUAAACGUCAGCUUUCAGAACAUUAUGAGAAAUACCCCCAUUAGUGUUGGUACUUGCUGACCUUGUAUUGUGUGAGUUAUUCUCUCUAUAAUUAUAUUAACACUGUAACACUAUGUAUAAACAUACUGUCAGCUGUCUCUCCAGCGUAUGAUGUAGGUACACACUCUGCCUCUUAUAUCUGACACACAGGGCAAAACCGUAUAUCACAAGGUGGUACCUGAACUCGACGAGGUCGGCCUACAGCACAACGUACAACCAAUGGUUCGAGAAUACUUCGAGCACGGAGACACAGAGGAGGUUAUAGUAAGUAAUGAGUGUAUAGCGCUCUCUCAGUAUAUUAAUACAGUGGAGGUCACUCAGACUCAUUACUGGGAGUAUUAUUGCCGUGGAGCUCUGUUACACACAGACACAUUACUGGGAGUAUUAUUGCUGUGGAGCUCUGUUAUACACUCAGACACACACUCCUAGAAAAGAGGGACAGAGGGAUUUAGACCCCAAAUAGGGACUCUCCCUCUUAAACAGGGACACUUGGUAGGUAUUGUAACAGCACCCCCCAGGCAUAAAAGGGGCUAAAAGCCGUUUGGGAGAUCUUUCCCUUCCAGAGAUACAGGCACAGCUACUGCAGAACAUCAAACUCCCGAACCGCAUGUAAGGGAAGGCUCCAAACUCCCGAACUGGAACCUCACGAAUAGCUGCCAGCAGACGAACAGGAAAAGCACCCAAGCGGCUUACACUCCUAGCAAUCAGUCUCUAUCAGCAUUCAGUAAAUCCCCCCCCAAAGACGAGACAAGGCUCCGUGUUGAGGGUCAAGCAGUGGUUUAAUGAGGGCUACCUGCCCAGUAUUUAUGCAGGUCUCCCACCUGGUGGACACUCCCCCAGGGGACCAAAUGGGAGACUGGGACACAAAUAGUACAAUGACCAAUCACAGGCAGACAUGGUUAAAACACUCCCCCAAUACAUUACAAUACCUCCCCUCAAUCCUGGAGAUAAUUGGGAAGUAAUCCAAUUAUCUCCAAGGACAUAGGCAAAACUCCAUUACCCACAUGGUUACAGUAAAAUACUAAAACACAAUAAAAUACACAAUAUUACAUUUAUCACACAAAAUAUAUACUUGCAACCCAUCCCCAGAUAGCUGGGAUCGGAGCGCACAAAAGUACCGAAUAGCGCUCAGAUCCUAUGCACACAGUCCAAUCGCCGUGGAGCCCAAGUGUUCACAAAGUCAGUUUUCAUACGAAUGAGCUCCACGGGAUUCCUAUCUGGGGUAUGGUGUAUUCAGGUACAAACUAUCGAAUAUAGGGCUGUUCGUGCACUUCUACCGAACAAGAAGGGAGGUCAGCGGCUUCAGCGGUGUUCGCGCCAAAAUGUAUCUGUUUUGAGUUCCAUGAGUUGGGCGUCGAGCACCGCUGUGCGUUCGCGUGUUUAAAAUGUCCGCGACCUCGUGUUUGGUAUACGAAUGGCGGCUACCCAGCAGUCGUCAAUUAAGCUGUGGUUAACUGCAGCUUCUGGGAGGUUAAUUGCCGACACACUCCAGGUCCCAGGUGGUCCAGUCAUUCGUGUGUCAGUUCGGUAGCUUGAAUCUACCGAACACCGGGCAGAAAGGCACGAAUAAGCCUUUUCUGCAGGGGAAAAAGAAAGCUUUUAACAUGGGGCCUUAAUCCAAAGGCAACAGGCGAGCAACCCGGCUUCCCCAAUGCAAUGUGGCGAGAUUGGUCUCGUCACAGGUAUGAUUAUAGGAUGCUUGUUAUACAUUUUAUUUCACAAUCUCUGUACAGCAUAGAGGAAACAUUUGGUGUUUAAUAAAUUAAUAAAUGUCAUGUUCUUCUGCUAGGCUUUACUAAAAGAGCUGAAUUUGGGAAAGCAGAGCUCUGGGGUACCCCGGGUCGCUGUGUCCCUGGCAUUGGAAGGAAAGGCCAGUCAUCGAGAGCUGACAUCCCGUCUCCUUUCAGAUCUGGUGGGGAAGGUGCUUUCUGAAGAGCAUAUUGCUGAAGCCUUCGAUAGAAUGCUGUCUGAGCUUCCAGAUCUUAUAUUGGACACACCUGAGGCCCCACAGGUAUGAUUCUCACCUUCUAUAAACCUGACCUUUCACAGACAUGAGUGUCCCUCCCACUGCAGGGUGACACAGACAGAAGGAGCUAUGGGACACGGAGUCUGUUCCUCCCAUUGCAGAGUGACACAGACAGAAGGAGCUAUGGGACACAGAGUCUGUCCCUCCCAAUGCAGGGUGACACAGACAGAAGGAGCUAUGGGACACAGAGUCUGUCCCUCCCACUGCAGGGUGACACAGACAGAAGGGGCUAUGGGACACGGAGUCUGUCCCUCCCACUGCAGGGUGACACAGACAGAAGGGGCUAUGGGACACAGAGUCUGUCCCUCCCACUGCAGGGUGACACAGACAGAAGGAGCUAUGGGACACGGAGUCUGUCCCUCCCACUGCAGGGUGACACAGACAGAAGGAGCUAUGGGACACAGUAUGUCCCUCCCACUACAGGGUGACACAGACAGUAGGGAGCUAUGGGACACAGUCUGUCCCUCCCACUGCAGGGUGACACACAGAAGGAGCUAUAAAAUUCUUACUUUAGAGUAUAACCCUAUUAGUAUCGUAAUAUAGUCUGGAGAUAAACUGGAGGUAAUCUGAGGUAUUCAGGAGGAUACAGUUGCAAGAAAAAGUAUGUGAGCCCUUUGGAAUGAUAUGGAUUUCUGCACAAAUUGGUCAUAAAAUGUGAUCUGAUCAUCAUCUAAGUCACAACAAUAGACAAUCACAGUCUGCUUAAACUAAUAACACACAAAGAAUGAAAUGUUGCCAUGUUUUUAUUGAACACACCAUGUAAACAUUCACAGUGCAGGUGGAAAAAGUAUGUGAACCCCUAGACUAAUGACAUCUCCAAGAGCUAAUUGGAGUGAGAUGUCAGCCAACUGGAGUCCAAUCAAUAAGAUGAGAUUGGAGGUGUUGGUUACAGCUUCCCUGCCCUUCCUGUUCAUCAGUCCACGGUAAGACAAAUGGAGAAAGUUCAGCACUGCUGCUACUCUCCCUAGGAGUGGCCGUCCUGUAAAGAUGACUGCAAGAGCACAGCGCAGACUGCUCAAUGAGGUGAAGAAGAAUCCUAGAGUGUCAGCUAAAGACUUACAAAAGUCACUGGCAAAUGCUAACAUCCCUAUUAGCUAAUCUGGAUUUCAUGGGAGGAUACCACCCAGGCACAUUAGAGAAGGUAUCUUGCUUCUCUCUUUGCAGCUGUUGUACCUCGAUACGCUCCUGUGGGCUCAGCCUGUCUCCCACCAUAACUUCUCCUAAAUCCCCAGACAGCUGUCUGUCUCCCAGUAGAUCUGCGUUGGCGCGUCUGAGCCGCCUGAAGGUUCUCCUUUACCAUCCUAGUUAGUGCUUCUAGGCGGUCUCGGAGCGCCAACACAUAUGGUACAAUGGGGGUACCGUCUGCGCUCCGGUCUCCCUCCCAAUGUUCCCUAAUUAGGUCCAGAGGCCCUCUUAUUCUCCUCCCGAAUAAGUUUGAAUGGGGAAAAUCCGGUGGAUUCCUGCGGCACCUCCCUGUAAGCGAAGAGGAGGUGGGGCAGGAAUCGCUCCCAGUCCUGGUGGGUCUCAGCAAAGGUUCAGAGCAUUUUUUUUUUUUAUGUACCAUUGAACCGCUCGCAGAGCCCAUUGGUCUGGGGAUGUUAAGGGGCACUGAUUAUCGGCUUAACGUCGCAGAAUUUCCAGAGGUGCUGUGAACUGAGUACCCUGAUCCGAGAUGAUCUCCCUGGGUAACCCCAUCCAGGAGAAAACCUGCAUCAGGGCCUCAGCCACGGUUUCUGCGUGGAUAUUUGUCAAGGCCACCGCCUCUGGGUAGCGGGUGUCGUAAUCUACCACCGUUAAAAUGUACUUCUUGCCAGAAGGGCUAGGUUUCCGAAGGGGACCUAUGAUAUCUAUGGCUAUUCUAUGCAAUGGUUUCUCAAUUAUCGGUAGCGGAUGCAACUUUAACUUCCGCCGGUCCCCCCUCUUCCUUACCCUCUGGCACGUAUCGCAGGUACUGCAAUAUUUACGUACUUCCUGGCUAACUCCUGGCCAAAAGAAACUCUUGGUCAGUCGGUAUCGGGUACGACUGACCCCCAAAUGCCCGGAUAGCGGAAUAUCGUGAGCUAUCCGGAGUAAUUUGGCUCGGUACCUCUGUGGUACGACUAGCUGCCUGCUUGCACCGUUCCGUCUGUCGCAUCCCUCUGCUCGGUGUCCGAAUCAUCCUCUGUUCGGUAUUCUGCCAUUACUUCAGAGAUGAGUGUUGCCUUUGUUUUGUUGCUGGCUGGAAUACCUCUUGCUUCCAGAAGAUCUUUCAGUGUGGAUCAUUUUAAUGUGGAGUACUCAAUCUCCAUUAAUCCUUGUUCCUUUGUGAGUCUGGAUCCCAGCGCUGCCAACCAACGUAGCGGAGAGCUGUUAUUCCACAGGUUAUCUCCACUUAAGAUCCAAGUGAGGCUCAGGAACAAGUAUUAAAAAUCCAUAAGGCAAUAAUUCCAGCAAGCAAGACAAUCCAACAAUAUCCCAACAUCAAUUCCAAUGACUGGACGACACACAGCAUCAGGAGCAGAACUGAACUUUUAAUCACACAACCUUCUUUUAAAGCAUUCUCCCAUGCAAGGAAGGGAUUUACAGUAAUUACAAUACACCAAUCAUAAAUGAGUUGCCAUCCACACAUCCCCUUAGUGUGACACAUAAUCCCCUUAUGCAGGACCCAAAUUCCCUGGGUUUCUGGAUGUACCCCUAAACAUAGGGGUACCCCUUUAAAUAUUACAUCCCCUGGUAGCCCUGAUCUGGGUGAGACACAUAUCCAAAAAUCACCCAGAUCGGACCAGGGGUUCAGGAAAUUCCUGGAAGUACUAAAAAGACCGACCGCGCUGGGGUUAACAGCCGAAAAGGGUUCCAUGUAUUUUGGCCCUGCGGUCGUUCACAGAAAAGGGAAUGAAACACACAAAUGGAUUGGGUUAUGAGAGCUGGGGAGGAUCUCGGGUAAAUCCCCUUGUUCGUGGGGUUCUUUCUACCGAACGGGAAGCCGUUUGGUAGUUUUUACAUUAAAUGGCUGCAGUGUGGAGGUCUCAGCAGUGCGUGCCUAGCCGAGUGUCCGAUUUGGGUUCCAGACACUCGACGGCAAAACACCGCUGUUCGGGAGUUUAAAAUGGCCGCCGCCACGUGUUCCUCUCCCGAAUGGCGGCCACCCAGAGAACAAAGAACCCACUGCACGAAUUGCCAAUUACCGGUAAUUGGAGGCACACUUACUACUGGGGUGGUCUGACUGUUCGGUAGUUUCACUCUCAUAAUAACUGGAGUGAUUCUACCGAACAAUCAGACGAAUGCUGCAUACAUUUCACAUAAAUAUGUUACAAUUCAACUGAACACAUAGGAAUAACUGUAAUUUUUAGGACAGCCCAAUGCCAUCCGGUACAGUGGUGUUGUGGAGACAGGCUCAGGCACCGAGGGUAGUGGUGUUGCGGAGACAGGCUCAGGCACCGAGGGUAGUGGUGUUGUGGAGACAGGCUCAGGCACCGAGGGUAGUGGUGUUGUGGAGACAGGCUCAGGCACCGAGGGUGGUGGUGUUGUGGAGACAGGCUCAGGCACCGAGGGUGGUGGUGUUGUGGAGACAGGCUCAGGCACCGAGGGUAGUGGUGUUGUGGAGACAGGCUCAGGCACCGAGGGUGGUGGUGUUGUGGAGACAGGCUCAGGCACCGAGGGUGGUGGUGUUGUGGAGACAGGCUCAGGCACCGAGGGUAGUGGUGUUGUGGAGACAGGCUCAGGCACCGAGGGUAGUGGUGUUGUGGAGACAGGCUCAGGCACCGAGGGUAGUGGUGUUGUGGAGACAGGCUCAGGCACCGAGGGUAGUGGUGUUGUGGAGACAGGCUUGUAGACUAUGGUGAGGCCUAAUAGAAAGCAGUUGUUGGGAGAUUCUAUCAUAACAGGUGUGGAGAUGGACAAUGGUGAUCUUGUGAGAGGUUUUCCCGGAGCUACUGCUCACAGAGACAGGAGACGUAUUUGUAAUAUUGUUAAGCGAGCAAAGCAGGAAGGGGAAUUGGAUGUACUUGUCCAUCUAGGGUCAAAUGGCUUGGCUUGCAAUGAGGUUUCAGAGGUAAAGGAAGUUUUUAGUGUUUUUGCCAAUGAUAUACGGCAGGUUGCUUCUUUGCAUAACACUCAGAACGACAGGCGGAUGGUGUGGCAGACCUCUCUGCCUUUGGAUUAUUAUUUAAAACCUGAUUCGUCUGUUUGUUCGGUUAUUGACGGUUGUUCGUAUGUUUUCUGCUUGCAUUCAUCCAAAUACGAACAAACUACCGAAUGGUAGUGCUGCUCAUUAACCUUUGUGCUGCUCAUUAACCUUUCUGCCAAAUUGUGGUUAACCGCAGACACUUCCAACUCCCGAAAGGUCGGCUGGAUGGUCGUUGUUCGUAUGAACUAACACGUUGCGGCGGCCAUCUUGGACAGUCGAACGCCCAGCGGUUUUCGUUGACAAACUCAUGGAACUGAUUUCACACACUGCUUCCCACGAAAUCCCUAAUCAUCCAUCACUCUGUUCCAAAUAUAUACGAACGCAGUGCCGUUCGGUAAGUUGACAAAACACGAACGGAACUGCACCUGAUAGUCGAUCCAUGGAGCUCAUUCGUUUAGUCGAACACACAAUGUACAAGACUUUAACUCCAUGGCGAUUGAACUACAUGUAUGGGAUCUGAGCGCUGUUUGGUUAUAUUGAGCGCUCAGAUCUAAGCUAUGUGGGGGUUCCGUUCGUUAUAUUUAGAAAUACGUGUUUUUAUGUGUUUUUACCAGUACUGUAAAAUGGGGGAUAUUCUCUAUACCUAGAGAUAAUUGAGUUACUUCAAGCACUUAACCCAAUUAUCAACAAGAUAGAGAGGAGGAGUUGUACUGUUCAUGUGAGAGUGUUUACAUACUGUAAAUGCAUGUGAUUGGCUAAUGUUAAAAUUGUCUUAUGCUGGAAGACCUGCAUAAAAGGCUGACAUGUAGCACUCAUUAAACAGAUCCUGCUUGACCCUCAAUACAGAGCCUCUGUCUCUUACUUGGGGGGAUAAUUCAUAUGAUUCCUGUUUGGCGCUUAGGAGUGCUCGGUAGCAUACUUCGCAUUUGGGAAAAAGAACAGCUUUGGUGGCGUUAACCCCUUCACCUACUCGGGGUGGUGUUACAGAUGCGUAUUAGGGACAUUAAUUUGUGGCUUGGUGCAUGGUGUCGGGAGCAAGGAUUUGGCCUUAUUUCUCACGGUAGCUCUGUUUGGAAUGGAAAUAAGCUGUACAAAAAAGAUGGUUUGCAUCUUUCUCAAAAGGGAACAAAUGUUCUCAGUGAGCAGUUCAGAGGUUUUGCUAGGAUGUAUUUAAACUAGGAGGGGGGGGCAAAAGGGUGAUAAAACAUCAAUCCAAUUGUCCCCCAAAACAAGGACAGAAGGUGCCUGUAGCAAGUGUGUUAAAAAAUGAUAAGCUUAGAGUCAUGUCUACAAAUGCUCGCAGUUUAGGGAAUAAGAUCCAUGAACUUGUGGCAAUAAUGGCAACUGAUAGUGUAGAUUUAGUCGCUGUUACUGAGACAUGGUACAAUGAGAAAAUGACUGGGACAUAGCAAUACCAGGGUACUCUUUAUAUAGGAAAGAUAGGGAAGGCAAGAAAGGGGGAGGGGUGUCCCUGUAUGUGAAGGAUAGCAUAAAAUCUAGCCUAAUAAAAGUUAGUGAGGCAAACAUAGAGUCCGUUUGGGCUACGUUAGAAUUUGGUAAUCACACGGUAACUCGUGUAGGUGUGAUUUAUAGGCCCCCAGGACAAAUUGAAGAGUUAGAUAAUCUACUAGUUGAGGAAAUAAGAUGUAAAAAGAUACUAUCCUUACCUUUUUAUGUCAUUUUACCCCACUCCCUCUAGCAUGUAAGCUCAUUGAGCAGGGCCCUCAACCCCUCUGUUCCUGUGUGUCCAACUUGUCUGGUUACAAAUACGUGUCUGUUAGUCCACCCAUUGUAAAGCGCUGCGGAAUUUGACGGCGCUCUAUAAAUAUCAUAAUAAUAAUAAUAAUAAAGGAGGUUAGCGCUAAUAAUAAAAAGUAGAUGGGUAACCCUCUAACCCUCUAUAAUGGAAAUGGAAGACAAAAACAGUAAUGCAAGGCUGCGCCAAAAUAUAUCAAUGUGGACUACAGAUAUUAUAAAACAUAUAAAUGAGACAUAAAAAGAGUGCAAACAGAAUAGUUGGUAUUGUAUAUAAAAUAGUCCAAAAAGAUUAGAAGUUGCACUGUGGCAAUAAAUGUCUUUUAAGGUGCUUUUGAUGAAGGGGUCUCCUCUCUGUUUAAAGUAGUCAGACUGUUCUCGUUCCUUACACUCUGUACGAUUGGUCUCUUAUCUGCUGUCUUCCAUAUAACAAUAUAUGUGAUAAAAAGAUAAAUAUAUUCCACUCACAUUUAAAUGAGCUAUAGCCAGCUCAGGUAUAACAGGCGUACAGCGGAAUAAUCCCCGCUUAUGGGAUAUAUGGAUGAUUGUCCUCUGGAUGGAAUGAUGUCCGGCUCUCAGCAGAGGGAUAUAUAAAAACUGCUAAUAGUGCUCACUGUUUGAUCAGGUAUAACCGUUGAUAAAAAAAAUGAAAAUGUACUUACAAGCUUAUCCGAGGUGGGGAUCAUACCACCAACGCUGUUAUCAUAGUGCAGUCGGCCUGCACUAUACUUGUAAGUACGUGAUAAAAUCGAUAAGAUGCCAGGUACAAUUAGAAAAGUGUGUAAAAAGAUAGUUGGCGGGGGGGCGGAGCCUGGCAGCGCAAUUGAAUAGACGCCAUUUUCAUAGCUCCGAGCGCUGAUCAGCCUAAUCUCUAAAAUAUCACCGGCAUCCGAGCCAAACCGCCUGCACAGAGGGCAGAGUUCGACGGAGCUAACCGCCCUGAAUCUGCCGAUGCCUUUUUUACACACCCCGGGCAAGAAAUACCAGACCCGCGGCACCAAGGCCUACCGCGCCAUCAAAUACUCUCCGGCAGCAUACGGAGGCCCACUAGACUGGGACGAUGCCGACCUUCUACCUUGGCUAACAGGUAAUAUGGGGAGGAAAACCCCGAAACCGCCUGCUCCCAUGCACAAGACACAGCAAAACAUAAGUCAAAUGCUGCAAUACACGGCGCCAGCGACAAUUUCACCGGCGCAGGAGGCCUCACCUACCCGGGAGCCUUCAUUCGCACGAGACAGCGACGAGACCGCGCAUCAAAGCCUGAAGCCGAUACAAAGAGAACCACCCAGCCCAAAGGAGACAGAAGCUCCGGCUACAAAACGGGAGCUUGGAGAAAUGCUCACCGGUCUCCAAAAUAACCUUAGGGCAAUGUGGGAGGCGGACCUGGCAGCUCUCACGACCGAAGUACAGGCCGUGAAAAGGCGCACACAGACAACUGAAAGGAAUGUGACAGACCUGCAACAAGGCCUCAAAGAACUGAGCGAUAAAGUACAAGGUAUCCAGACUACACAAGUUGAAACAAACAAGCAGGUGCUCAUCCUGGAUGACAGGGGCAGAAGAAAGAACAUAAAGGUGAGGGGAGUAUCAGAAACUAUACCCCUAGAAGAAUUACCGCACUUCAUUAGAAGGCUAGUGUCGGCACUACUAUCAACAAGAGAGGCUAAAUACCUCUCCUUUGAUGGGGCAUACCGAAUAUCCAAAUCCCCAAGAGCCCCUGCAACCGCACUACGAGACAUUAUUCUCAGGUGUCAAACAAUGUCCAACAAAUUAAGCCUGCUAGCAGCGAUAAAAGGGAAGACGCCAUACGAAUUUGAGAACUGUAAAAUCUCGUUCUUCCAAGACCUAAGCAGGGCUACGCUACAGUGGCGGAAAACCAUGCAGCCCCUCACGCAGAUCUUGCAGAAAGCAGGCCUGACCUACAGAUGGGCGACACCGCACACCCUAUGGAUCACUAAAGAAGGAAAGUUCUACAAAGCUACGGACCCAGCAGACAUUCCCGCAAUACUGGCAGCACUGGACUUACAACCACAACGGGGCCUCGAACACGCAUCACCGGACACACAACCUCUACUGGACACUGACUCAGAUACGUCCUCAUCCGACAUUAGAAGAGACAGGAGGCCGAAGACUUGAAUUAAUCAACAUACCUGAUUACCUCAAGUUAUAGGGACAUUCGAGAGACUUUCCUAGCUAUGCAAUGACUUUUUUUUUUUUUUUGUUCUGUUUCUGUUUAUGCAAAUCAACACACAAUUUCUUAGCUGCGCACAGAGAUUCAAGGGCACACACAGCGCCCACAGCACGCCCAGGGACUUUCUCCCCCCCCCUCCCUAUCACACCCAACAUGCCAGAGAGACACGAUAAGGGGACAAGGGACCACACAAGGAAGAGGGCCACACACUAAAACUAGGGCCAAGAGCAACUAUCACAUAGGGCUGACAACACAUAGGAACCAAUGCGCCUCAGACCCACAAGCACCCAAGAGAAACAAACUCGCAAACCUCACUGGCAUAUAUACUACGAGACGUCACACAUAGCGGGAGUUUAACAACCCAUACACUGACUAACUCGUUACAACCCAACAGACUACCACACUAUUAAAAAUGUGCAACAUGAUACCCAGCCAAUGUCUUCAUAUGUGAUAUGUACACCUGUUCCAGACUAGAUAGUAAAACUUAUGUAUCAAGACUUGAACGCAAAAUGUAUGUAUGAUACAUGCUAACAUGCACCAAAAAUAAAGAAUUAUAAAAAAAAAAGAUAGUUGGCACAAAUAGUAACCAAAACAAUCUUUAAUUAUAUAAAAUACACAAUAAUAAAACCAUUUACACGUUUCGCCACUAGGGCUUUUUCAAAAUGGUUAACCGUAGCUACUGGGUGGCCAAUUAACGGCGCCUGCCAGCUAACCGCGACUCCUGGGAGGCCAAUAGACGGCUGUUUGGGCAGAAAUACAUGAAUAGACCUUUCUGCAUAGGAAAAUAAAGUAUUUAAAUGCCGGUCCAUAGUCAAAAGGCAGCAGGCAGGCAACCAGGCUCCUCCAAUGCACAGUGGCAAGAUUGGUCUCAUCACAUUUUCCAAACAGACUAACAGGGUAUCUGACCUCCUGCCGGUCAGUGCCCUGGUUAGUCCAGCAGCCCACCCACAAAACAGAAACAGCAGUACAGCCCACCCACAAUAAAUGGUUACUAAACCUGAGUAAGGGAGAAACUUGUCCAUGUCCAGGUGCCUCACCACAGGGACUGGUAGGCUGCCUUGGUGGGUUGCAGAGUGGGCAGAGGCCAGCGGUACUCUGCCCUGGUGCCAGCGCUACCACGGAAGUAGCCUGGUUGGAGCCUGGUUGUGGGAGGGGGAGACCGACUGUCUCCCCUUUGGAUACACAGCUCUGCUGCUGGAGGGGGAGACCAAUUGUCUCCCCUUUGGCUAAACAGCCCUGUUGCUGGGGGACAGGACCGACUGUCCCUACCCCCUGUUCUGUAAGUGCAGAGACCACGGUCCCAUCUGCACAGUUGUGGGGCUUACUGUCUCCCCCUGGUACGUUAAGCUGCCGCUAGGGAGAGGGGGUAACAAGCUCCUCUCCCAUAUAUACUCCCAGCCGCUGGGGAGGGUGACCAACUGUCUCCGCUCCCAAUACAGUGUCCUGCUGCUGAGGAAAGGAGACUGGGCUCUCUAUUCCCUGCUGGACACUCUGCCACUGGGGAGGGAGGACAAGGCUCUCCUCUCCCAAUAAAACACUCUGCUGCUGGGGGAAAGGACCGACUGUCUCUGCCCCCUGUAAGUCACACUGCCACUGGGAAAUGGAGACUGGGCUCCCUAUUCCCUGGAGUACCUGCCGCUGGAGUUCCUCCCAACGUGCCAGCUGACCUUCUCUUUCUGCCCGGUAUUGCAGAUUCUUGAACACUAGGUUCCUCAUGGACUGCACGUAUUUCUCAGCUAGAUUGGGUCCGAAGAACUAAAGCCGCAAUCCCAUCAUAUUAUCGAACUCUCUCCUAGAGUAGCUGUACUCCACUGCUGGUUCCAUUCUGGUGCUGUCAGGGUCGCUGUACUGGGACAUGCGUUGUCCUCAAUUUGUAAAUCCAGGGAAUGGUGUCACCUGUAGCUGUCCUUCUGGCUGUAGGAACGAUCCCGCCGCUUGCCACCAAUUGUAACGGCACCCCCAGGCAUAAAAGGGGUUAAACGCCGUUUAGGAGAUAAUCCCUUCAAGAUAUACAGGCAGCUACCAAAGACACCAAUCUGUCGAACAGGAAACCAUGUGAAUGCCGUAAACAGCCGAAUAGGAAAAACCAUACGAAAGGUUUACACUCCUAGCAGUCGAACUGGAACAGCAUACAAUAAAUCCCCCCAAGAACGAGACAAGGCUCCAUGUUGAGGGUCAAGCAGGAACAGACAGAGCUGUGGGUUUAUUGGCCUUAUAUACACAUUCUUACAGAUAAAGUCCCACCCACAGGAUUUUGUGGAACAUUCAAUCAAAACAUACAACACAGAUAAACACUCCAACAAUGACUUCACAAUCCCUCCUCUCUAUCCUGGAGAUAAUUGGGAAGUAAUCCAAUUAUCUCCAAGGACAGAGGCAAAACUCCAUUAAGCACAUGGCAGUAAAAUACAAUAAAAUACACAAGGUUACAUUUAUUACAUAAAAUACAGUCAUGCAACAUAUCCCCAGAUAGCUUAGGUCUGAGCGCACAUUAUUACUGAAUGGCGCUCAGACCACACACAUACAGUUCAAUUGCCCUGGAGCCAAAGUCUAUUGCACGAAUAGGCUCCAUUGCAUAGCUAUCUGGGUUUCAAUGAGUGAAUGAACCGGCCGCGUGUGAAUUGCAGACUGCUGCCAUCCAGUGUUCAGUAUGUGUAGCCACGGCCACCCGGUAUAGUCAAUUAAGUUGCGGUUAACCGCAGCUACUGGGUGGCCAAUUGGCAGUGCUUGCCGGCUUCUGGGCGGCCAAUUAACGGCGCCUGCCAGCUAACCACGGCUCCUGGCAGGCCAAUAGACGGCUGUGUGUUCGGUAGAUAGAAUCUACCGAACGCCCGGGCAGAAAUACAUGAAUAGACCUUUUUGCAUAGGAAAAUAAAGUAUCUAAAUGCCGGUCCAUAGUCAAAAGGCAGCAGGCAAGGAACCAGGCUCCUCCAAUGCACAGUGGCGAGAUUAGUCUUGUCACAUGUGGCUAAUGGAGUUUUGCCUCUGUCCUUGGACGUAAUUGGAUUACUUCCCAAUUAUCUCCAGGAUAGAAGACUCUGUGGAACCGGUUUAGGGCAGAAAAGCCAUGCUUCAUUUGGUCACAAAGGACUUUGAUCUAACUUUUGACCCACUGGACCAAUUUGUAUAAUUUUGACGUAUGUUUGUAUACUGAAAAUGUAAGUUUUAUGUGAAUGGGAUGUAUACUUUUCAAGUUAUGAAUAUUGUGUAAAACUGUGUAUUUUCCUGCCUGUGAUAAUUACAUUAACCCAUUGUAUAAGGUAAUUGUAUCAGAGGGGAGGAUUUUGUGUGGGAGUGUCUGUGUAUUGUACGUGUUUAUUGGUUGUUUUACAAAACCCUGUGGGUGGUACUAAUGUGUAAGAAUGUGUAUAUAAGAACAAUAAACCCACAGCUCUGGCAGUUCUACUUCACCCUAAAUUUGGAGUGCCGUUUCUUAUUUGGGGAAUCUCCUGCAAGGGUCAUACUCCCUUGCUAAAUCACUACUAAGCUCUUGUAAGAGCUUGUUCCUGCCUUGCUCUCUGGAGGAGUCUACGGUGGUUAUGGUGUCUGCUGCAGUGCUUGGAGUCUUCAGGAAGCGCUAGGAGCAUCCUUCAACGGAGGUAACCAGUCGGGAUGCCUGUCGAUCCAUUACAGUAAUGGCUUUCUUCUGGCCACUCUGCCAUUAAGCCCAAGUGUAUGGAGCGUGCGGCUUAUUGUCGUCCUAUGUACAGAUACUCCAGUGUCUGCUGUGGAGCUCUGCUGCUCCUCCAGGGUUACCUUAGGUUUCUGUGCUGCCUCUCUGAUUAAAGCACUCCUUGCCCCGUCCGUGAGUUUUGGUGGGCGGCCGUCUCUUGGCAGGUUUGCUGUUGUGCCAUGUUCUUUCCAUUUGGUUAUGAUAGAUUUGAUGGUGCUCCUGGGGAUCAUCAAAGAUUUGGAUAUUUUUUUGUAACCUAACCCUGACUUGUACUUCUCAAGAACAUUGUCCCUUACUUGGUCUUCAUGGCAGUGUUUGGUUAGUGGUGCCACUUGCUUAGGUGUUGCAGCCUCUGGGGCCUUUCAAAAAAGGUGUGUAUAUGUAAUAACAGAUCAUGUGACACUCAGAUUGCACACAGGUGGACAUCAUUUCACUCAUUAUGUGACUUCUGAAGGUAAUUGGUUGCACCAGAGCUUUUUAUGGGCUUCAUAACAAAGGGGGUGAAUACAUACGCACAUGCCAAUUUUCUGUUUUCUAUUUCUAAAACAUAGUUUUAUGUAUAUAUUUUUCUCAUUUCACUUCACCAACUUAGACUAUUGUGUUCUGAUCCAUCACAUAAAAUUCAGAUUAAUAAAACAUUGAACUUAAGGCUGUAAUGUCACAAAAUAGGUAAAAAGUCAAGGGGUGAAUACUUCUGCAAGGCACUGUAUGUAGAAGAGGAUAAAGGUCUAUCCUUUAUUUUAUUUUAUGUUAGGACAGGAAUGGUGAACAUCUAAAAACACAUGGAUUUCAAGAUCAGAGACAACAUGGGUUUACUUCAGGGAGAUCAUGCCAAACUAAUCUUAUUGAUUUUUUGGAUUGGGUAACUAAAAUUAUAGAUCAGGGUGUUGCAGUAGACAUUGCUUACCUAGAUUUCAGUUAGGCUUUUGACACUGUUGCACAUAGAAGGCUUAUCAAUAAACUGCAAUCUUUAAGUUUGGAUUCCAAUAUUGUUGAAUGGGUAAGGCAGUGGCUGAGUGACAGGCAACAGAGGGUUGUAGUUAAUGGAAUAUAUUCGAAGCUUGGACUUGUCACCAGUGGGGUACCUCAGGGAUCUGUACUUGGACCCAUUCUCUUUAAUAUUUUUAUUAGUGAUAUUGCAGAAGGUCUUGAUGGUAAGGUAUGUCUUUUUGCUGAUGAUACUAAGAUAUGUAACAGGGUUGAUGUUCCAGGAGGGAUAAGCCAAAUGGCAAAUGAUUUAGGUAAACUAGAAAAAUGGUCAUAGUUGUGGCAGCUGACAUUUAACGUGGAUAAGUGCAAGAUAUUAUCAAUGACACAUCGUAUAAGACUGUCUUAUCUCACAUUAUCAAAGUCACAGUGUGGGACUGUCUAAUCUCAUAUUAUCAAUGACACAUAUUGGUGUUGAACAUAUCAAAUAGCUGUGCUUGCAUUACCAUUGCUUUCCUGAUGGUGGCAGUUCGAUUCUUCAAAGGUGGCAAGAUCUUGACAGAUAUGGCUCAUCACAAUGUGUUCUGUUUUCUUUCUCAUUACCCAGAUGCUUGGACAGUUUAUCGCUCGGGCUGUUGCCGAUCACGCUCUUCCACUUAACUUCCUCGACCGAUACAAAGGACGGGUGGACUGUGAUCAUGCGAGGUAAAUGGAGUUCAAAUAAUGCUGUUUCUAUUUAUCUCAUCUUUAAACCAACCACUGCGAAUAUCUUCCUGUUACCUAAUCUGUGAAAUCCCCCAACCAGUAUCUCCUCCUCUAUAUCCCCCCAACCAGUAUCUCCCCAUCCCCCAACCAGUAUCUCCUCCUCUAUAUCCUCCUAACCAGUAUCUCCCUAUCCCCCAACCAGUAUAUCCUCCUCUAUAUCCCCCUAACCAGUAUCUCCCUAUCCCCCAACCAGUAUAUCCUCCUCUAUAUCCCCCUAAUAAGUAUCUCCUCAUCUCCAACCAGUAUCUCCUCCUCUAUAUCCCCCCAACCAGUAUCUCCCCAUCCCCCAACCAGUAUCUUCUUCUCCUAUAUCCCCAUUCUCUCUCUCUCUGUAUCCCCAUUCUCUCUCACUGUCUGUGUCUCUCUCUGUCCCCGUUCUCUCUCACUGUCCAUCUCUCUGUCUCCUCAUUCUGUCUUGCUCAGACCCUCUCCGUCUUUUAAUAUUUUCCUAGAGCUGCUGUUGACCGUGCUGCAGUGUUACUAAGAAUCAAACGUGAAAUUAUCCGACUGGACAAUGUCUGGGGAGUUGGAGGUGGUCAGCGACCGGUCAAACAUCUAAUUAAAGAGGUAUCUGUAUCAUUAAACACAUUGAUACUUUGUACCAUUGAAGGAUUUCCAGCUGUGUACUGCACUAACAGCCCAGGGCAAUGCGUCUAAGAAACCUUGUCCAAUCACAUUAUUCUGUUUGCAGGGUUAAUUGAUCAACUGGAGAAUGUGUCUGCCAUUACUGUACAAAUAAUGCCGAACCCCAAGCUUUAGUAA